AUGAGCGCAAACGCCCAAAACCUCUCCUUUGUCCUCGAAGGGGUCCAUCAGGUCAAGUUCGAAGACCGGCCUAUCCCAGAAUUGAAAGAUCCUCAUGACGUGAUUGUGAAUGUCAAGUUUACGGGCAUCUGCGGUAGUGAUGUUCAUUAUUGGGAGCACGGCUCCAUUGGCCAGUUCGUCUUGAAGGAGCCUAUGGUCUUGGGACACGAGUCCUCGGGCGUCAUCAGCAAGGUUGGAUCCGCUGUUACGAGCCUGAAGGUGGGAGAUCGUGUUGCGAUGGAACCGGGCACCCCCUGUCGUCGGUGCGAACCCUGCAAAGCCGGCAAAUACAACCUCUGCGAGAGAAUGGCCUUCGCCGCCACCCCGCCUUACGAUGGUACCCUCGCCAAGUACUACGUCCUCCCCGAGGACUUUUGCUACAAGCUGCCGAGCAACAUCUCGCUGGAGGAGGGCGCGGCCAUGGAACCCCUGGGCGUUGCUGUGCACAUCGUGAAACAAGCCAGCAUCACCCCGGGCCAAUCCGUCGUUGUUUUCGGUGCCGGCCCAGUGGGAUUGCUGUGCUGCACUGUGGCCAAGGCCUACGGUGCCUCGAAGGUUAUCGCCGUGGACAUCCAAAAGCAAAGACUGGAGUUCGCCCGGAAAUAUGCCGCCACGGCCACGUUUGAGCCCGGCAGGGCCCCUGCCCAGGAAAAUGCGAGCCAGAUCAUCAAGGAAAACGAGCUGGGCUCCGGCGCUGAUGUUGUCAUCGAUGCCUCGGGCGCUGAGCCCUCGAUACACACCGGUAUUCACCUUGUUCGGCCCGGUGGAACGUACGUCCAAGGCGGUAUGGGCCGGAGUGAGAUCACAUUCCCCAUCAUGGCGGCUUGCACCAAGGAGCUGAACGUCAAGGGCAGCUUCCGCUAUGGCAGUGGCGACUACAAACUUGCGGUUGACUUGGUUGCUUCUGGCAAGGUCAACGUGAAGGAACUGAUCACCGGCGUGGUUAAAUUUGAAGAUGCUGAGAAUGCCUUCAAAGAGGUCAAGGCUGGAAAGGGCAUCAAGACGCUAAUCGCUGGGCCAUGA